GCAUUCAUUCCAAAAAAGACAAACUAUGGAAGCACCCAUCGACUUGGACUUGUCUACUCUUAACGCCCUCUCCCCUGAGGUCAUUUCGAAGCAAGCAACUAUUAACAUUGGUACCAUUGGCCAUGUUGCUCACGGUAAAUCUACUGUCGUCAAAGCUAUCUCUGGUGUUCAGACUGUUAGAUUUAAAAACGAGUUGGAACGCAACAUUACCAUCAAGCUUGGCUAUGCAAAUGCAAAGAUUUACAAAUGCCAAAAUGAAGCCUGCCCAAGACCAGGGUGUUAUAAAUCAUACCGCAGCAAUAUGGAGGACCAUCCAAAGUGUGAGCGUCCCUUCUGUGGCGGGAUCAUGAAAUUGGAAAGACAUGUUUCAUUCGUCGAUUGUCCGGGACAUGAUAUUCUCAUGGCCACCAUGUUGAACGGCGCUGCUGUCAUGGACGCCGCUCUCUUGUUGGUUGCAGCCAAUGAGUCUUGUCCUCAGCCUCAAACUAGUGAGCAUUUGGCAGCUAUUGAGAUCAUGAAGUUAGAGCACAUCAUUAUUCUGCAGAACAAAGUAGAUCUAAUCAAGGAAUCGGCAGCAGAAGAGCACCACCAAAGUAUUCAACAAUUUAUAAAGGGAACUAUUGCCGAUUCAGCGCCCAUUAUCCCUAUCUCAGCUCAGCUCAAGUACAAUAUUGAUGCCGUCAACGAAUAUAUUGUCAAACGUAUUCCUGUCCCUGUUCGUGACUUCACCGCAGAUCCUCGUCUGAUUGUCAUUCGCUCGUUUGAUGUUAAUAAGCCAGGUGCAGAGGUUGAGGGCUUGACAGGAGGCAUUGCUGGAGGCUCUAUCCUUAGUGGAGUAUUGAAGCUUGGAGACGAAGUUGAGAUCCGUCCUGGUAUUGUUACCAGGGAUAAUGAAGGGAAGAUUGGAUGCAGGCCUAUCUUCUCCCGUAUUGUCUCAUUACUAGCCGAGAGCAAUAAUCUAAAGUUUGCUGUCCCCGGUGGACUGAUUGGUGUUGGUACAAAAAUCGACCCUACGCUCUGCCGUGCAGAUCGUUUGGUUGGUCAGGUUCUUGGAUCUGUUGGCAAGUUGCCAGAAGUCUACUCCGAGCUGGAGAUCCAAUACUUUUUGCUCCGUCGUCUCUUGGGUGUUAAGACCGAUGAUAAGAAGCAGGCUAAAGUCACCAAGCUUACCAAGAACGAGGUCCUUAUGGUCAAUAUUGGCUCUACUUCUACAGGUGGACGUGUUAUUCAAGUCAAGAACGAUAUCGCAAAGAUUGCCCUUACAGGCCUUGCAUGCUCAGAAGCUGGCGCAAAUGUCGCACUUUCACGUCGUAUUGCAAACCACUGGCGUUUAAUUGGAUGGGGCUCCAUCACUCGAGGUUCCUCUGUACCUAUCUAGGCAAAAAUAAUUGACCUUAGAGAAAUAGAAAUAUCACUAUCAAAUAAUAGACCGAAGUCAGAAAAGGCAUCACAAAAUAGAAAG